GCCAGCGCUCGGGUCCGCCUCUGACUGCGGCGCGGCGGGGCGAUGUGUGAUUACCAUGGCGAGGAGUCUCUGUCCGGGGGCCUGGCUAAGGAAACCCUGUUACCUCCAGGCUCGCUUCUCAUAUGUGCGAAUGAAAUAUCUUUUCUUUUCCUGGUUGGUGGUUUUUGUUGGAAGCUGGAUUAUAUAUGUGCAAUACUCUACCUAUACAGAACUAUGCAGAGGAAAGGACUGUAAGAAAAUAAUAUGUGACAAGUACAAGACUGGAGUUAUUGAUGGGCCCGCAUGUAAUAGCCUUUGUGUUACAGAAACUCUUUACUUUGGAAAAUGCUUAUCGACCAAGCCCAACAAUCAGAUGUAUUUAGGGAUUUGGGAUAAUCUACCAGGUGUUGUGAAAUGUCAAAUGGAACAAGCACUUCAUCUUGAUUUUGGAACUGAAUUGGAACCAAGAAAAGAAAUAGUGCUAUUUGAUAAGCCAACUAGGGGAACUACUGUACAGAAAUUCAAAGAAAUGGUCUACAGUCUCUUUAAAGCAAAGUUGGGUGACCAAGGCAACCUCUCUGAACUGGUUAAUCUCAUCUUGACAGUGGCUGAUGGAGACAAAGAUGGCCAGGUUUCCUUGGGAGAAGCAAAGUCAGCAUGGGCACUUCUUCAAUUAAAUGAAUUUCUUCUCAUGGUAAUACUUCAAGAUAAAGAACAUACCCCCAAAUUAAUGGGAUUCUGUGGUGAUCUCUAUGUGAUGGAAAGUGUUGAAUAUACCUCUCUUUAUGGAAUAAGCCUUCCGUGGGUCAUUGAACUUUUUAUUCCAUCUGGGUUCAGAAGAAGCAUGGAUCAGUUGUUCACACCAUCAUGGCCUAGAAAGGCUAAAAUAGCCAUAGGACUUCUAGAAUUUGUGGAAGAUGUUUUCCAUGGCCCCUAUGGAAACUUCCUCAUGUGCGAUACUAGUGCCAAAAACCUAGGAUAUAAUGAUAAGUAUGAUCUGAAAAUGGUGGACAUGAGAAAAAUUGUGCCAGAGACAAACCUGAAAGAACUUAUAAAGGAUCGUCACUGUGAGUCUGAUUUGGACUGUGUCUAUGGCACGGAUUGUCGAACUAGCUGUGAUCAGAGUACAAUGAAGUGUACCUCAGAAGUGAUACAACCAAACUUGGCAAAAGCCUGUCAGUUACUCAAAGACUACCUGUUGCGUGGUGCUCCAGUUGAAAUUCGUGAAGAAUUAGAAAAGCAGCUGUAUUCCUGUAUUGCUCUCAAAGUCACAGCAAAUCAAAUGGAAAUGGAACAUUCUUUGAUACUAAAUAACCUAAAAACAUUACUGUGGAAGAAAAUUUCCUACACAAAUGACUCUUAGUUCAUUUGGACAUUGUGACCAUUUUAAGAAAUUCAGCACUUCAAAAGAAAAAUCUUGAACAUUUUUUCUAAAUGGCUUGAUUCAAAUCCUUGCCAGUUAUCACAAAACUCCUUUCCCCUGAUCCUAAGGAAGCCAUCAUCUUAAAAUACAUGUUGAUUGCUGAAGUAAUGGCAGGAGGUAUAGGAUCAAAAGGUCCAAAAAUAUUCAUUCCUGCCUUUUAGAAACGCUGGUACAUUUCCUAGUACAUUCACUGUGUAACUAUUUUGACUAAUGACUUAAAAUAAUGCUGUGAAAAGCCUCAUUCCAUAAACAUCAACGGUCAGAGUAUUUUGUAGAUUUGUUAGCCAAAAUAUCAGUGCUGGAAAUUGUUUGCAUUGAGGCUGAUGUUUAAAAAAGAAAAUUUAUAAAUUUACUAAUGUCUCAGCAUGGUAAAGUUUGCACAUUAACAGAAAUUAAGACUGCAAAGCAGGUAAAUUAAAAUUACUCCUUUAUCAACAGAUGUUGGGUUAAUAGCAUGGUUUCUCAUAAAUACAUUUAACUCAUUUAGACAUCGCAUUUUAUGUGGCUUCACAAAGUUUUGAGUGGCUCUUACCCACUGAAAACCCAUCAGGAAGCAUUCUACUUGGCAAUAUAUAAUUGCCAAUUUUUGAGGCUGAAUAUGGAUGAGUUCAUCAUCCUAGAUUUAAAGGGUCUGUAUCUUAGUAUCAGCCAGCCAACUGGUCUUCAAAACUCGUUAUCUUUAGGCCACAGACCUAACACAGAUACACAUAUCCUGAAUCUGAGCUAUGGGAAAGUGGGACAUUAAGAGCAAGCCUCUGAAAUCAUAAACUUCCUAUUAAUAAUUUUCCAUUUUCAAACAGUAUUCCCUAUUGGCCAAAGGACUAUUUCUCAAGAGGCAUGUAAAUAUAUCCAUCUAACACUUUCUCAUGUAAACUUGAUAUACAAGGGUUAGUAUUUGCUCCUCUCUUUUGUGUUUAUUCAGAUCUGGCCUUUCAACUCCAUAAAACGAAACACCUCUUAUAAUUAAAGAACCAGUAUUUUCUGCUCAAAGGUUUCACCUGGAUAAAUAUGUGUUAAAAUUAUAUGACCUUCAUUGGACAGCUAUCUCUCAAGAACUAAAGCCAUGGAGUAGCAUCAGUUUCACUUACUUUAAAACUGUAAACUUUGAAGGUACUUUUUCUUCCAACUCAUCAUGUGGUUACAAUAAAUGAAUGUAAGAAAUAUUUCUAGGGGAAGGUUUGUCUGUUGCUUGCCAGACUUUUUAAGGACAGCUGCACAUCAUACAAUUCAAGGGAUAACUCCUGUCAGGAAGAACAGAUGCCCAAGGUAUGAACUUUGAGGCAAUAUGUAAGAUUUUCUGGAAAAAGCUACACUUGUUUCUGGAAGGAAAAUACUGUCAAUUUCAGGUAUUUCCCACAGUUUCAUUAACAAGAGCUUAACACAGAAACAGCUACUUGUUCAAUAAGUUUAUUACUGUCUUUAUCUGAAAAAUCUUCAUAUAAAUUGUGGUUUGGUUUAUUAACUAACUCUCAGCAGCCCGUUCCUGAGCUCUAAGGAAGCUUGCCUUCUUCUGAGCUACCCGAUCUUUCUUCUGGGCAAGUGACAUUUUGGGACGGUUCCACCUACAGAACAAAGUAAAAAGAAGAGAAAGGAACAUAAAUUUUAAAAACCAUAGCUAAAGAGAAUAGAGAAUAUUUAACUUUGAAAAAGACACACUUUGUAAUAAAAUGGAGGUCAAAUAAUCCAAGUCCAAUACCUGUUCUCUUCCUUAGCCUAUUAAAAAAUGCAGUAAUUGACAGUUACAAUGUACUGGGACAGAAUGGGCCACCUCGGUAGCAUCCAAGGCUAAUACAUUUCUACCACCACAAUUACUUUAGCAAACCUGGUUCCCCUCACCUCUGCAACAUCAUGCAGAGCUAGUGAUCGAGUUUGCACAACUUCACUCAGAGUCUGAGCGAGAUGAAACAAGGCAGGAACCCCUCCCAACCUCUUUCUCUUCAAAAAACAGUGACACACAUACCUCUUCUUUUUAACUUCUCUCUUAGGCUUCUUCUCAUACACUGGAUUCUCUCGUAUUGCAGCAUGAGCUUUCUUAUACAUCUCCUCCAUCUGAAACAAAGCAAAGCAAACAGUACUUGGUUUCAUUUCAUAUGCCCUAAACAGUAAUAAAACACACUAUUCUACUGCUUGCUCUAUUUUGUCCUUCUAAGCCAGAUUCUCAAAAGGAGCUAAGCUAGAUCAAUAUUGGUAUCUUUUUGUAACCCAUCUUUUCCUAAGAAAG